AAACCGUGACCCUAAAACCGUGAUACAAACCGAACCGUGGGUUUUGUGAACCGUGCCACCCCUAAAAGCAAUAUAUUGCAUUAAAAUAUAUUGUUCAUGUAAAUCUCAAUAUAUGAAAAGCGGCAAUUGUUUAUGUAUUUUCCAAUACAUUAUAAUAUAUGAAAACAUAUAUGUAUUCAAUACAUUUUCUCAUAUAUUAUAGGAGUAGGCAUAUUUUUUUAUUUUAUUGAGAUAUUUUACUUUGUGGCAUGAAUACUGCAGUUUCUGAAUACAUUUCCAUAACUUUAGUUGCAUAGAAAUGUUCAAAUUGUUAGUAUAUGUCCAAUGUUGUUAAGCAAAAUAUAUUGAAAUUUUCAUAUAUUUAAAUAUAUUUUUGUUUCGUAAGGGUCGUUUCCAGCUCGGGUCUGACUGGGGUCCAGAUGUGGUCCCGGCGAGGGAUGGCUUGUGCUAACUCCACAGAAAUGCUGUCUUUGGGGUCUCUCUUGGUUUGUGCUGUUUUUCCCCUACUAUCAUGCAGUAGGCUUGAGACAGACACUCCACGUUACACCCUCUCCUGCCUGCAUUCCUUCUUGUUUUGUUAUUCACUCUACUUGGCUUCACAGCUCAGUUACAGGACUUUUUUCAGUCUGUUUCCACAAGUUGUUGUUUUAUAGUUAUUGUAUGUGUAAUAUAAAAAUGCUGUUUAUGAAGGGCAUGACUGUCCAGUUUAUUUAAGCUCAUCAUUUAUUUUUGGUUAUGAUUCUGCAUAUUCUGUUAAAAAGUUUGGGGGUCAGGGGCAGUCUUUGGUAUUGCCUCGUGAGGGUUGGGAUUUGAGAGUGCAGUCAGUGAUGAGAACCCGCUGUGAUAAUGAUAAUGUGUGGUGUAUCUCCGCUCUGUACCAGGGCUGUGGAGCUGGUAGUCUCCUUCUGGGGGAGGGGGAAUUCUUACAAAUGGUGUAGGGGGCUGUUUGACUUAGACUACAAGCUGCGUUGCUAAUGACCUUUUGGGCUAGGGGUAGCCUGCAGCAUUAUUGGUUGUUGCCUGGUGCCUGUCCAAUGAUGAUAUUGGUAGCUAAUUACACACUGCCCUGGCACGGUAGGGGUAACGCCGGCCACUAUGCCCCCUGCCUUCAUCUCGGGCUUGCGUUUAAUGUUCCUGCUUCAUUUUGAUGAGGGACCCGCUGUGUUUCUAGGGAAACUGUAAUGCCAGCCUUGGCAUGCUGGCACUUAUCACCAUUAAUGUCCUGGAGGGGUGGGGGGUUGCAAUGAGAGAACAUCAGUACGCAGCCUCAGGCUCCUCCAUUCUGCAGCUCUGCGGAGUGCGUUGGUGAACACUUCUGUCCCGACAGUGUCAGGAGGGGCAAGCAGAUACUUCUAGAGGGUGCUGGCCUUCGUGCUUAUGCUCUUUACAGAUACAGAAGUUAAGACACACAUCAGUAAAUGCUUAGGACCCUAACAGAGCUGAGCCUCUUUCACUUAAUGUUAGCUGUUAACUUCAUCGCUAAAACUGGGGGUUUGAGAGUAUGCUGGCUGUCUCGCAGGCCUGUUCUCCCCUGGUCUUGGCUUCAGAGGCAGUGCUGCUCUUCCCCGUUGUUACUUCCGGAUGAAGCUUUUUAGUCAGGCCAUGAAAUUCUUUCGCCUUUUUUGCCUUUAUUGUAGGAAAAUGGAAAUGAGGAUACUGUGUUUUAUAGAAAUGGCCAGUGAAUCCUGGAUGGCAGUUUAGUGUUUCUUCCCCCUGGGGGCUUUCUCUCUGACAUGCAAAGGGGGCUGUUGGAGGGAAGCACUCAUUUGCAGGGCCCAGAUCACUAAACAUCCAUCAGCAGCUGAAAGGCUGACAUUCCAGUUCGCAUUUUGGGUGCCAGACUGCAGUCGAUGGACGGUGGCUUAUUUGGAGCUGUCACAGGGUGUGGCCUCAAACAGGAAGGCCUCCAACUAGAUGCAAAAAACACAGAUGAGCAUCAUUGUCCCCGAGAUGCGAAGCUGCGUUAGAGGAGUAGGGAGGAAUUAUUUUAACAUCCCGCCAUCAAGCUCUGGGCCUUGAUCCCAGGGCCCUGCAUUGGUUAAUCGGCUGCCAUGCUUCUUGCUGACUCUGGAUUCUGUCUUUGUUUUUACAGCAUUUCCAUGGAGUUGCAUAUUUUCCCCAAGUCCCCAGUGCACAAUGCUGGAGGACUGCAUUUUGAAUUUAUACCUUUUGGGGUUUUGUCUUUUCUUGUGCUCCGUUCUUGUUCCUGUCCAAUCAGGAAAGUGGCAGCUAGCCUGUCAGUGAGUGAUAAGUGACUUUGUGGCAAGAUGCUCUUUCAAGGAAAAUUGGUCUCCUGUUCAUUUGCCUGAGGAAAGUAGCUGUGUAUAACCAAAAAAUCAGCCUCUGUGAUUAUUGCACAGUGCUGCAGAACUCAGGUCCCCAUGGUACUAGGUGUGGGGUUCCUACUCCCCUGGUCCUGAAGAUUUAUGCCACAGUGACACCGCAGGCAUCGCACUUUGGGGGAGAUGUUUCGCUCCUGUUUACAGAAACUCCUUUGCGCUUCUUCAGUUCAAAGCAUGGGUCUGUGUGAAAGGCACCAUGUGUGUCAUUAGCUCUGUCCUCUGGAGGAUGCUGGGCAUAUCGCAUGGCUGAAUAGUCCUGUCUCUUGGGAAAGAGGCUCGGAUGAAGAUGGAAUUUCAUGAAAGGAGUACCCGCUCCUGCUAGUGCUAUAGCAGGUAUCUGGGGCAUCCAGAGGAGAUGCAGAGACUGUGAGCAUGAAUCGGGCCUUCAACAGGAAGAAAGAUAAGUCAUGGAUGCACACUCCAGAUGCCCUGGCAAAGCACCACAUUGCCUACUACACCAAGUUCCUUGGGCAGACAGAGGUUGACCAGCCAAAGGGCACAGAGGUGGUUAAGGAUGCAGUUCGAAAGCUCAAGUUUCAAAGGCACAUCAAGAAAUCUGAGGGCCAGAAAAUACCUAAAGUGGAAUUACAAAUCUCAAUUUAUGGAGUAAAAAUAUUAGAUCCCAAAACAAAAGAUGUGCAGCACAACUGCCAGCUGCACAGGAUAUCAUUUUGUGCUGAUGACAAAACCGACAAGAGGAUAUUCACCUUCAUCUGCAAGGACUCUGAGUCCAACAAACAUCUCUGUUACGUGUUCGACAGUGAGAAAUGCGCUGAGGAGAUCACUCUGACCAUCGGCCAGGCCUUCGAGCUGGCCUACAAGAAGUUUCUGGAGUCUGGGGGGAAGGAUGUAGAGACGAGGAAACAGAUCGGAAGCCUGCAGAGAAGAAUACAAGAACUAGAGACAGAAAACUCUGAGUUGAAAAAGCAGCUUCAGAGUCUUCAGGAGCAGCUGAUGUUUGCUCAGGUGUCCUCACUUUUGCACCUAAACCCUACUAACGACGCAUUUGUGCUGGAAAGGCCCUCGUUGCUGUGGUGGUGCCACAGCCGACCAUUGCUGUCCUGUUUAGAGAUGUCAUCUGUCACGCUCACUCCCCUGGGCUCUCCAGACUCCAGCCUGAGCAGGGAGCCACUCGCCAUGCCUCCCGCAGGCUGUAUCUCUCCCAAUUCUCCCUCCACUGAUAUUUUUGACAUGGUGCCCUUCUCCUCUGGCACCAUCCUGGCUCCAGUACCUGCCAGCAAUGGUAUGAAGGCAGCCAAGCUUCAAGAAAGGUCCUCUAAGCCCUAUUCAGGGAAGGACCUUUUUGGAGCUGAGCCCUUUGACCCUUUCAUAUGUGAAGCGUCAGACUUCCCUCCAGAUAUUCAGUCCAAGCUGGAUGAGAUGCAGGAGGGGUUCAAAAUGGGACUGACCCUGGCAGGCGCCAUGUUUUCCCUUGACCCCCUGGACAGUCGCAGCUGAUGUCAAGGAGGUGAUGCUUGUUGUGGUAUGCAGCUGUGAACAUCUCUGUCUCAAAGUGCCAAAAGUGGACCUCAGUGCUGAGCCAUCCGCCUAUUAUGUCUUUCACAUUUAAAUCCCACUCACAUGUAAUCAAAUUAGAGAAGUACUAUUUUUUUUAACUGUAAUAGAGUAUUUUUUAGACCAGUCAGGUUCGAAGUGUGUAAAUACAAGAGUCAGUAUUGAAUUAAGAUUUUUUUCUUUCCAAGUGUAUAUAUCCAUUAUUUUCUUACUUUCUGAAAAUGUGAGAUGAUCCUUCCUGUAACAUAUCGAACAUAAAAACCAGGGAGCUCCUUGACUUCUUUCCUCUUGUUUACCUUCACUCCCUGCUUAGCUUGGUCAUGAUACAGUAAUGUGUAAAACAGGUAUUUUUAAUUGACCUUAUGGUGUUGUUCUAGUUGCAUUUUUAACACAACAUUAAUAUAAUGUAACUGCAUAAUUUUUAUAUGUGUUUGUACUGCUAUUUCAGUUCCCAUCAUAUAGUUUCGUGUUAGCUCAAGUAGCAGAAGGCUCUUGAGCAUCCACAGCCCAUGUAACUGUUCUGAUGCAGACACAGUACCCUUUGCCUUUGUGUUGUGAUAUUAAAGAACCAACCUUCAUCCUCGGC